AUGUCAGAUCCACGUUCAUUGAUAGUAGAAGCAGAAAAGUUAGCUAAGCCAAAAACAGGAUUUAUGCUGUUUUUGUCUGGGUCAUCAAAUUCAUUCAGAUUAGAGGAGGCAACUGAUCUCUAUAUUCAAGCGGCAAAUCAAUAUAGAUUAAAUAAGGACUUCAACCAAGCAGGAAAUCAAUUCGUUAAGGCGGCCGAUAUCCAAAAAGGAUUGUCUAAUCACAAUGAUGUCGCUAAUCAUUUAAUUGAAGCUUAUAAAUGUUAUAAAGGGGUUUCUCCCACCGAUGCUAUUGAUGCAUUGUCAAAGGCUAUCCACAUCUUUUUGACCCAAAAUGGGCAGUUUAGGAGAGCAGCCAAUUUCACUAUGGACUUGGCAGAAUUAUACGAAUCAAACAGUGAUACGGAUAAUGCCAUUAAAAGCUAUGAGCAAGCAGGUGACUAUUUUACCACAGACCAUGCGGAGGCCUUAUCGAACAAGGCGUACUUGAAAUGUGCUGACUUGAGUGCUUUGUCAGGUAAGUAUGAAAAGGCGAUUGAACUUUACGAUAUAAUUAUUAAGAACCUGUUAGGCAAUAAUCUUACCAAGUGGAACUUGAAGGAUUAUUUCUUGAAAAGCUUGUUGUGUGUGUUAUGUUUGGAUGACGUUAUUGAAGCCCAGAAGAAGUCCGCUAACUACCUUUCUGAAGAACCAUCUUGGGAAGCUACUAGAGAAUAUAAACUUGUUCAGGAUAUCUUUGAGUCAAUUGAACAAGGUGACGUGCAAGCCUUCUCGGAUAAGGUGUUUGAAUUCGACCAAUUUAGUAAAUUAGACAAAUUGAAGACUCAACUAUUAUUGAAAGUAAAAAAUUCUGUUGUGGAAAAGGAAGAUGAUGAUUUGUUGUGA